AUGACUAUUAACACUCCAUUAGUUAAUGGUACUUCUUAUUGUACCGUGACUGCUUAUUCAAACGACUCUUUCGAAAAGACAGUCGAAUUUUACACUAGAUUUUUAGAGCUAGAACAAUUAGCAGAGUUCUCAAACAAAGAAGCAGCAAUCCUUUCCAAUGGUAUCAUCUCCAUUAAAGUUAGUCUCUCUGUAGAUGCAGCAAAACAAUCUGCUGUCGAAGAACAAAUUAAACAAUUAGAAUCUGUCACCAAGACUAAGGACUGGAGAUCUCAAGUCUCUCAAACUUUAGUCUUCAACACAAGCGACAUCUUUUCUUUACAAGACGCUUUAUCCACUUUAGAAUAUCCUUCCCAAUCUUACCCAUCAUCCAUAAACCCAAUGGAACUAUACACUAUUGACCCAUUAGGUAACAUUAUCGGUGUCACUUCCACUAAGAACGCUGUCAGUAUAAAACCAACCAAGUCCUCAAACUCUCCAGUUUCUGUCUCCAGCACAAACACUGAUGGUUCCUUAUCAAAGAACCACUCUUUCACUGAUCUAUCAUACCGUAUGAAGACCACUGACGCUUAUCCUUCAUUACCAAACAAAACUACCACUGCUGGUAAAAAGUCUAUCGCCGUCAUGACCUCUGGUGGUGAUGCUCAAGGUAUGAACUCCAAUGUCAGAGCUAUCGUCCGUUCUACUCUUUUCAAGGGCUGUCGUUCCUUCGUCGUCAUGGAAGGAUACGAAGGUUUAGUUAAAGGUGGUCCAGAAUACAUCAAGGAAGUUUCCUGGGAAGACGUCAGAGGUUGGUCCACUGAAGGUGGUACCAACAUCGGUACUGCCAGAUGUCUAGAAUUCAGACAAAGAGAAGGUAGAUUAUUGGGAGCCCAACAUCUUAUCGAAGCCGGUGUUGAUGCUUUAAUUGUCUGUGGUGGUGACGGUUCUUUAACCGGUGCUGAUCUUUUCAGAUCUGAAUGGCCAUCUUUAAUCAAAGAAUUAGUCGACACAAACAGAAUAUCUCAAGAACAAUUCCAAAGAUACCAACACUUAAACAUCUGUGGUACUGUUGGUUCUAUUGAUAAUGAUAUGUCUACCACUGAUGCUACCAUUGGUGCUUACUCCGCCUUAGACAGAAUCUGUACCGCCAUCGAUUACGUCGAAGCUACUGCCAACUCCCAUUCAAGAGCUUUCGUCGUCGAAGUUAUGGGUAGAAACUGUGGUUGGUUAGCUUUAUUAGCUGGUAUUGCCACUUCUGCUGAUUACAUCUUCAUUCCAGAAAAGCCAGCUACUUCUAGCGAAUGGCAAGAUCAAAUGUGUGACAUCGUCGCUAAGCACAGAGCUAGAGGUAAGAGAACCACCAUCGUCAUUGUCGCUGAAGGUGCUAUCUCUGCUGACUUAACCCCAAUCUCUCCAGCAGAUGUCCACAAGGUCUUAGUCGAUAGAUUAGGUUUAGACACCAGAAUCACCACCCUAGGUCACGUUCAAAGAGGUGGUACCGCUGUCGCUUACGACCGUAUGUUAGCCACUUUACAAGGUGUUGAAGCUGUUAACGCUGUCUUAGAAUCUAACCCAGAUACCCCAUCUCCAUUAAUUGCUAUCAAUGAAAAUAAGAUUGUCAGAAAACCAUUAGUUGAAUCUGUCAGAUUAACCAAAUCUGUUGCUGAGGCUAUUCAAGCUAAGGAUUUCAAGAAAGCCAUGUCUUUAAGAGACACUGAAUUUGUUGAACAUCUAAACAACUUCAUGGCCAUUAACUCAGCUGACCACAAUGAAGCUCUCUUACCAGCUGACAAGAGAUUAAAGAUUGCUAUUGUCAAUGUUGGUGCCCCAGCAGGUGGUAUCAACUCUGCUGUCUACUCCAUGGCUACUUACUGUAUGUCUCAAGGUCACAAGCCAUAUGCCAUUUACAACGGUUGGUCCGGUUUAGCCAGACACGAAAGUGUGAGAUCCUUGAAAUGGGAAGACAUGAUUGGCUGGCAAUCUCGUGGUGGUUCUGAGUUAGGAACUAACAGAGCCACUCCAAAGGAUGCUGAUAUGGGUAUGAUUGCUUACUACUUCCAAAAAUACCAAUUCGAUGGUUUAGUCAUUGUCGGUGGUUUUGAAGCCUUUGAAUCUUUACAUCAAUUAGAAAGAGCCAGAGACAGUUAUCCAGCUUUCAGAAUCCCAAUGGUUUUAAUUCCAGCCACUUUAUCCAACAACGUUCCAGGUACUGAAUACUCCUUAGGUAGUGACACUGCAUUAAACGCUUUAAUGGAAUACUGUGACGUCGUCAAACAAUCCGCAGCUUCCACCAGAGGAAGAGCCUUCGUUGUUGACGUUCAAGGUGGUAACUCUGGUUACUUAGCCACAUGUGCUUCUUUAGUCGUUGGUGCUCAUGCUUCAUAUGUUCCAGAAGAAGGUAUUUCUUUAGAACAAUUAUCACAAGAUAUUGAAAACUUAGCUGAAGCCUUUGACAGAUCUGAAGGUAGAAAUGGUUUUGGAAAAUUAAUCUUAAAGAGCACAAACGCUUCUAACGCUCUAACUGCUGAAGAUUUAGCCAGAGUUAUCACUGCCGAAGCCAAGGGCCAAUUCGAUGCUAAAGCAGCCUACCCAGGUCAUGUCCAACAAGGUGGCUUACCAUCUCCAAUUGAUAGAACUAGAGCCACUAGAUUUGCUAUAAGAGCUGUUGAUUUCAUUGAAAACCAACAAGACACCAUCAGAUCUGCUCGUGAAGCUAACGAUGACUUCACUGCUGACGACAAGGCUGUCUCUGGUACUGCUGCUGUCUUAGGUGUCAAAGGUUCUCACGUCGUAUACACUAGUAUCAGACAACUUUAUGAUUACGAAACAGAAAUUUCUAAGAGAAUGCCAAAGGUUAUUCACUGGGAACAAAUCAGAGCUAUUGCUGACCAUUUAGUCGGUAGAAAGAGAGUUGAUUAA